AUGAUUAAAAGACUUAAUAAUAUAGUAAAAAUUUCUUCAGCAGUUACUAUUUCUAACAAAAUUGUUAAACUUUAUAAUGAUGAACAACUUAAUUUACAAAAAAAAUUACAAGAAAUACUAGGCAAAAUUUUAUAUACUCUUGAUACUUGGACUUCUAAAAACCAAAAAUCUUUUAUUGGAAUAACAGCACAUUGGAUUUUAGAAAAUUGGAAACUUCAACAAUGUACUAUUGAAUUUUGUUAUUUUGAAGGUUCUUAUUCAGGCAAAAAUUUAGCUGAA